AUGGCAGACAAUGCUACACAUAGCUACAUCUCAUCUUUUUUCCUGGUUGGUAUUCCUGGUUUGCAAGAUUUUCACUGCUGGAUUGGCAUCCCCGUCUGCCUCCUGUUUGCCCUGGCCCUGCUGGGGAACAGUGUAAUCAUCAUCACCAUCAAACUAGAACCAAGCCUCCACCAGCCUAUGUAUUUCUUCCUUUGUAUGCUGGCAGUGAAUGACAUGGCUCUUGCCUCUUCCACGGCCCCCAAGAUGCUUGGUAUCUUCUGGAUGGAUGCACAUUGGAUUGACUUUGACACCUGCCUGACACAGUUGUAUUUCAUUCACACAUUCUGCAUAAUUGAAUCAUCCCUCUUGGUUGCCAUGGCCUUUGACCGCUAUGUAGCUAUUUGUAUCCCAUUGCGUUAUACAACCAUUCUGACAACACCAAUGGUCAUUAAAAUGGGUCCAGCUAGUAUGACCCGAGCUAUCCUUAUGGUUUUUCCAGGUCCUCUUCUUAUUAAAAGGCUACCAUAUUAUACUAAAUAUGUCAUCAAUCAUGCCUACUGUGAGCACAUGGCUGUGGUGAAGUUGGCCAGUGCCAACACCCUCAUUAACAGAGUGUACGGAAUCUCUGUGGCCCUUUCAGUGAUGGUGUGGGACCUAGGGCUCAUAGCCGCAUCCUAUACCAAAAUCCUCCAGCCAGUCUUCCGGCUGUCUUCCCAGAAUGCCCGCUCGAAAGCGCUGGGCACCUGUGCUGCCCAUGUGUGCACUAUACUUGUCUCCUACACCCCUGCACUGUUUAGUUUCCUAACUCACCGCAUUGGCAAGAAGGUACCUCCAAGCAUUCAUAUAAUUUUUGCGAGUUUGUAUCUUUUGGUGCCUCCCGCAGUCAAUCCCCUGGUGUAUGGCGUCAAGACCAAGCAGAUUCGUGACCGAGUGGUUGGUCUCUUCUUCCCAAGCAAGAAGAUUUCUGGAAACUAA